AUGUUACCCGCGAUCCGAUUCCGACGAUAUCGAGUCUUCCUCGUACUCGCCGCUAUUAUUACAAUACUGCUAGUUCGCUUUUCACAUACGAGGAACGGGGAUCUACAUGCGCAGAUUGAGGGCUUGGAUUUCUCUUCGCCGCCCAAGAACGAUGGUCCUGGAGGAUCAGCCCCUCCCGAAGUAACUCGUCCAGAGGCAUCUGGUGAGGAAUCAAAGGAGGCUAAAGACCGGCCCUCGCCCCCCGUGAAAAUAGAAGGGGACAAGCCCUCCCCAGCUAUACCAAGCCCACCGACUGCAGUUCAGUCUGUACCCGAUGUUGUCCUACCCGAUAGAAAGAUUGCAUCCCCAGCCGAAGUUCCAUUGGGUAAUGAAGUGAGCGAGGAUGGUAUCCACGCAGUUGGUCCGCCUGGCAGGCAGGAAUUCCCCACCUUUACUGCUGUCCCUACCACCAUACAUUGGGAGAAACAGGUGGAACAUUUCCCUGUUCCUACAGAAUCUAUUAUCGGAUUACCAACAGGCCUUCCAGCCACCAUACCGAAGAUUCAGCAUGCCUUCAACGAUGAAACGCCAGAUGCUAAGAUCAACCGGGAAACGAGGCAAUUGAGAGUGAGGGAGGAGUUCAGCAAGGCAUGGUCGGGAUAUAAGGAGCACGCAUGGCUCCAUGACGAACUGGCCCCCGUCUCAGGAAAGCUACGCGACCCGUUUUGCGGCUGGGCGGCCACUCUUGUCGAUUCUCUGGACGCACUGUACAUAAUGGGACUCCAUGAAGACUUUGAGGAGGCCGUCAGGGCAGUCAACGAGAUAGAUUUUACGACUAGCCCCCGAGCUGAUAUUCCAGUGUUCGAGACGACUAUAAGAUAUUUGGGCGGCCUUUUAUCAGCCUACGAUGUCAGUGGGGGGAAGUACAGGAGUUUGUUGAGCAAAGCGGAGGAAUUGGCCGAAAUCUUGAUGGGGGCGUUCGACACCCCGAACAGGAUGCCCGUCCUUUUCUAUAGGUGGAAACCAACAUUCGCAUCUCAACCGCAUCGGGCGAGUCAAAGGUCUAACCUGGCGGAACUUGGGUCACUGUCAAUGGAAUUCACAAGGUUGGCUCAAUUGACGAAGAACCCCCGCUAUUACGAUGCUGUGGCUCGAGUCACGAAUGCUCUAGAAGAAUUUCAAGAUCGCACAAAGCUCAGAGGCGUCUUCCCUGAGAAUGUGGACGCUUCAGGCUGUAACCGCACAGUCCCUCUUAGCAAGCACGAGCCUGUUUCGAACCAAGGCUCGGCGAAGAGUCCAGGGGAAGCUACAGAGCAACCAGAAGGAUACCAACCCAGCAUGCCUAAGACAGUGGCAGAACCUAGGCCUAUUAAAAAGGGUGGGAAGAAUGAAAAUGCACCUAGUCUGGAGCUACAGAUAUUGCCUGGCGAACCGAGUAAGGCUAAGAUCCUUGGAUGGGGCGAUAAUGAGAAGCCGAAGAAUUCGAAGAGGGACUCGAUGAAAUCCGAAGCCGCAGUGAUCACUUUAGAGAAAAAUUCGAAGGAACCAGAGGGAGGGGAAACUUCGAACACGGCACUUCCGACAGAUCCUAAGACCGGGUUGCCACUUGAUCUAUCUGGAGCAAAAUCGCGGAUCGGCCAAUCCCUAGGUGAUUGGGACUGCACUCCCCAAGGUUUGGAAUCCUCAAAACCCUCUGGGUCUGAUAGAUUUUCAAUGGGAGGUGGACAGGACUCUACCUAUGAGUAUUUCCCCAAGCAAUAUCUUCUUUUGGGUGGUCGAGAAGAUAAGUAUCGCCAAAUGUACCUUAAAACCAUCGAAGCGGUCCGGAAAUGGAUGCUUUACCGGCCCAUGAUCCCAGGGAAUCACGAUAUCUUACUCUCGGGUAAAGUCACAACUGCAGGUAAUCCUGAGGUCGACCUUGAAUUCAGUGCUGAGGUAGAGCAUCUCACAUGCUUUAUUGGUGGUAUGGUUGGCAUGGGAGCAAAGAUAUUCGACAUCAAGAGCGACCUAGAGCUUGCGAAGAAACUGACUGAUGGUUGCGUCUGGGCUUAUGGAUCAAUGCCUUCUGGGAUUAUGGCUGAAAGUGCUAUAGUGUUACCCUGUGAGAACGCCGAGUCCUGUGCCUGGAAUGAGACGGCGUAUUUUGAGUACCUCGAUCCUAAGGCCGACGAGAGGGAUCAAAUGGUUGAAGAGUACCUUGCCAACAAAGCAGCUCUCGAAGCAGAACGGGAAGCCAAGAAAGCCGCUACAGCAAAGGCCGAAGUAGAAACGACAAACGUUGAAACGACAGCUAAUCAGUCUCCCGCGGGCAGUGAUCCACAAGACAAAAAAGUGUCUUCAAAUAGCCACAUAUCUAAAUCGACAUCAAAUGAUGCCCCCCGCCAGCUUUCGAACACCACAGUCGCUUCACUAAGGAAGCGCCAAAGUUCUCCAAAAAAUGAUCUGCCUCAACCCGUUACCCAUAAUUUCAAGAAUGAUUUCACGAAGGAGGCCCAGAACCCCAAAAAAGGACCCGGUGAAUCCAAGGUCUCUGAUGAUACUGAAGUGGUCGCUGAGCAUUAUGAAGGGAAGUUCCAAUCUACUGAGGCAGAGCUCCGAAGUAUGGAAGUUGGACGGCAAACAGAAGUCCCACCCCCAACGGCACAAUCCAAACCGGUUGAAGAUCUACCAGAUCCAGCGCGACCACUCUCGCACAAGGAGUUUGUUGCUGCUCGGAUUGAGCAAGGAGGAUUGCUUCCCGGAUAUGUGAAUAUUCGGUCAAAGAAAUAUAUCCUUAGACCCGAGGCAAUCGAGUCCGUCUGGUAUAUGUACCGCAUCACGGGGGACCCAUCAUGGCAAGAUAAGGGGUGGAAAAUGUUUGAAGCAAUUCUCAACGCGACAUCUGCGAAGUAUGGGCAUUCGGCCAUCUACGAUGUCACGCAAACCGAGAGCCUCCAAUCUGAUGAGAUGGAGAGCUUCUGGCUGGCCGAGACGCUGAAAUAUUUCUACCUCUUGUUCUCAACCCCCGACACAAUCAGCCUGGACGAGUGGGUGCUUAACACCGAGGCGCACCCCUUCAAGCGAGAUUGGUGA